AUGGGCGCCAUUUCGAAUCUCAUCCCACUCAUCAUCCUAUUUGUCGUCGUGGGCGCGUUUGCAUUUGUUGCAUACCAGAUGUACAUCUGGACCAACGACCUCGCCGACCAAGGAAAGAAGACUAUGGAGAAGAAGAAUAUGACAUUUUCAAAAGACGGCAUGAAGGUUGGAGUCAAGGAGAUUAGCGAGGAGGAAUAUGCAGACAGGACACAGAGCGUACUCGUCAACACAUGGAACCAGAGUUCCUUCCCUGCGUACAAGAGCCGACUUUGGAACAAGGAAGAGCAGGCGAAGAACAAGGCUGCCACUUCGGGAAGAGCUUGA